AAGGGAACAAGGUCUUAGGUUUUAUAUGAUUUUUUAAAAUUCUGCACUUUUGACAGUGGUGGCGAAAUACACUAAUCCAAAAGUUAUUUUUCUAUUGAGAAGAGGUGGAUUGUUUUUCCUUUUGAUUCCAAUCUUUUCUCCCCGUGACAAAGCAUAAAUCAUGGACACCAGAAAAUAAGGUGGACCUCAGGAAUCCUGAAGACUCAGAAGCUUACAUUCCUCCUCAGGAGGGAAGGGUGGGUGUUUUUAUUCCUCUCUGGAACCCAAAACGAAAAACAUGAGUUGCGUGCCAUGGAAAGGAGACAAGGCCAAAUCUGAAUCAUUGGAGUUGCCCCAGGCAGCACCCCCACAAAUCUACCAUGAGAAACAGCGCAGGGAGCUUUGUGCCCUGCACGCCCUCAAUAACGUCUUCCAGGACAGCAGUGCGUUCACCCGGGAAACGCUGCAGGAGAUUUUCCAGAGGUUGUCGCCGAACACCAUGGUGACCCCCCACAAGAAGAGCAUGCUUGGAAAUGGGAACUACGAUGUGAACGUCAUUAUGGCAGCACUUCAGACCAAAGGCUAUGAAGCUGUUUGGUGGGACAAGCGCAGGGAUGUCAGUGCCAUUGCUCUCACUAAUGUCAUGGGCUUCAUCAUGAAUCUGCCCUCCAGCCUGUGCUGGGGUCCACUGAAGUUGCCUCUCAAAAGGCAGCACUGGAUCUGUGUUCGAGAGGUGGGCGGUGCCUACUACAACCUAGACUCCAAACUGAAGAUGCCCGAGUGGAUUGGAGGCGAGAGCGAGCUCAGGAAAUUUCUAAAACAUCACCUGCGAGGAAAGAACUGUGAACUCCUGCUGGUGGUACCAGAAGAGGUGGAGGCCCAUCAGAGUUGGAGGGCUGAUGUGUAACAGUUGCCCAGCCUUCCCUCACCUUGACCCCCUAAAUCCUCUGUGAUGUGCUGUGGCCUACACAGUGGGUCUGCCCUUGCCCCUUCCCCAAACAUCUCAUCGGGUUUUCCCCUCAAACUUGACAGUGUGCAAUAGGCCAGAUGUGUGAAAUGUUACAAGAACCAGCCAGCGUUACUUGUUCCUGGAAGAGGAAGGUAGGAGCUCUGUGCUUAGGGCAGGCAAUGGAAGACACUUGUUUUAUUUGAAGAGAGGAGGAAAAAAGUGGGUCCUCACUUAUUUUUCCCUUUCCUCUGAGGACUUGACAGAGGCUCUGCUGGAGUCCACUGCUGCUCUGACUUACCUGGAGAUGCUGCCUCCAUUUCCCCUUUCC